ACGGACGGACUGACUGCUGGGUGUGUGCGUAAUGCGGAGAAGAGGCGCCUCCUCCAUCUCUCCACUCCCGCUGCGGAGUUGAAUUUAUUCUCAGUCAGCAAUGACACAAAUGUCGGGAUUUGUGAGUUGAUAGCGCGCUACACUUGAGGCUCUGGACGCUUGAGUUCGCGAGUGGGAUGUUCUCCUGAGUUCAAUUUCACAUUCUGACAAAGGCUUUUCUGAAAAUUACCAACCCGACAACACAACAAUGGCGAACAGUAUAAUUGUCGAGCAGCAGUUUUCUCACAAAUUCACAGUGACGGUGGCUCGGGCUGAGAGCGUCACCAAGGGGGCGCUGGGUGACCUGUUGGACACCCCAGAUCCAUAUGUGGAGCUGUACAUCGCGACAGCCCCAGAGAGCAGGAAGAGGACCAAGCACAUUGACAACGACAUCAACCCAAAAUGGAACGAGACCUUUCAAUUCAUAUUAGACCCCAACUUGCAGAACGUCCUGGAGUUAACAUUAAUGGACGCCAACUAUGUGAUGGACGAGACACUUGGGACGGCGUCCUAUGACAUCACCAAGCUCCCUGUGGGCCAAACAAAGACGGAGGCUUUCCUCAUUGGAAAAGCAACCAAAGUGUACUUAGAGAUGUCGCUGGAGAUCUGCACUAAACUGGACCUGCGGUUCAGCUUGGCCCUGUGUGACAAAGAGAAGCAGUUCAGACAAACCCGCAGAGACAGAGUGAUGCUGGGCAUCAAGAAGCUGCUGGACAUGGAGAAGCCUCGUUUCCUCCCCAGCUCUCCAAAGGAGGUUCCAGUGAUAGCCAUCGCAGGUUCUGGAGGUGGUUUCCGGGCCAUGGUCGGCUUCUCGGGCGUCAUGAAGGCCUUGUUUGAGUCCGGGGUUCUGGACUGUGCCACGUACGUCGCCGGCCUCUCCGGAUCCACAUGGUACAUGUCCGCUCUCUAUUCUCACCCAGACUUCCCAGAUAUUGGCCCAAAGGACAUCAACAAGGAGCUGAUGAACAGAGUUAGCGGUAACCCCCUGAGGCUGCUGAUGCCCCAGCACAUCACCAACUACAUCCAGGCCCUGUGGAGCAAAAAGGCCUUAGGGCAGCCGGUUACCUUCACUGAUAUCUUCGGUAUGCUCAUAGGAGAGACACUUGUACCUUCGAGGAUGGACAUCAAGCUGAGUGACAUCCAGGGGAAGAUAGACCAGGCCCAGUGUCCACUCCCUCUCUUCACGUGUCUGCACGUCAAGCCAGACGUCUCCGAGCUCAUGUUUGCAGACUGGGUGGAGUUCAGCCCGUAUGAAAUUGGGAUGGCAAAGUACGGCACCUUCAUGACCCCAGACCUGUUCGGGAGCAAGUUCUUCAUGGGAACAGCUGUGAAGAGAUACGAGGAGAACCCUCUUCACUUUCUGAUGGGUGUGUGGGGAAGUGCCUUCUCCAUUCUGUUCAACAGAGUGCUGGGAGUCAAGGACACAAUCGGUGGCAGCACCAUGGAGGAGGAGUUAGAGCAGAUCAAACCCCAGCACAUUGUCGGAGAGGACAGCAUGGACAAUGAGGACGAGCCGCGCAAAGGUGGGAGAGAGAACCAGGAGGCCGAGGACGACUUUAACCGCACCGCUCAGGCUAGCUGGUCCCAGCGAAUGGUCUCGUCGCUCUUCAGUGAAUCUUCGUUGUUCAACACACGAGAAGGCCGAGCCGGGAAGGUGCAUAACUUCAUGCUGGGCUUGAACCUGAACACCAGCAUCCCUUUCUCUCCGGCCAACGAUGUCACGUGUCACGCUUCUCCACCUGAGGAGGAGGUUGAUGCCGUCACAGACCCGGACGAGUUUGAUCGUAUCUACGAGCCCCUGGAUGUGAAGAGUAAGAAGAUCCAUGUGGUGGACAGCGGUCUGACCUACAACCUGCCCUACCCUCUCAUCCUGCGGCCGCAGCGUGGCGUCGACCUCAUCAUAUCCUUCGACUUCUCUGCACGGCCGAGUGACUCCAGCCCCCCGUUCAAGGAGCUGCUGCUUGCAGAAAAGUGGGCUCGAAUGAACAAGCUCCAGUUCCCCAAGAUCGACCCCAAAGUCUUUGACCGCGAGGGCCUGAAGGAAUGUUACGUUUUCAAACCAAAGAAAGGAGAGAAGAACUGCCCGACCAUCAUCCACUUUGUCCUGGUCAACAUCAACUUCAGGAAAUUCAAAGCGCCUGGUGUCCCCAGAGAGACUGAGAAGGACAAGGAGUUUGCAGACUUCGACAUCUUUGACGACGCGGAAUCGCCUUUCUCCACUUUUAAUUUCCAGUACUCCAACGAGGCCUUCACCCGACUCCAUGACCUGAUGGAGUUCAACACUCUAAACAACCUGGAGGUGAUCAAAGACGCCAUCAAGGAGUGCAUCGUCUCCCGGAAGGAGAACCCCUCCAGCCCCUCCCGCUCCUUCUCCCUCAGCGAGACCCCCAAGAAGAAGAGAUCCCCACCCGCAGCCUUGGCAACACUUGGAAAAUGAAAAACAGUCGCCUUGUUUCGCUUGUUUGGCCGUAAAGUUGGAGACUGUGGAUCAGUGGACUUUAGGGAUUUUUG